AAAUCAUCAGUAUUUGAUGACUGCAGGAAAGAGGAAGAAUGGAAGAUAAUUCUUUUAGAUGAUUACACUACUAAAUUACUGUCACUGUGCUGCAAAAUGACUGAUCUGCUGGCAGAGGGUAUCACAGUGGUGGAGAAUGUAUAUAAAAACCGUGAGCCUGUCCCACACAUGAAAGCAAUAUAUCUCAUAACUCCCACAAAAAAGUCUGUAGAUGGACUUAUUGAUGACUUCAUCACUAAAUCAUCCAGCAGAUACAAAGCAGCAUAUGUGUAUUUCACUGACUUUUGUCCUGACAACCUCUUCAAUAAAAUUAAGUCUUCCUGUGCAAAAUCAAUAAGGAGAUGCAAGGAGAUCAACAUUUCCUUCUUCCCAUAUGAGUCUCAGGUAUUUACUCUCAAUGUCCCAGAUGCAUUCUACCGCUGUUAUAGUCCAGUUCUGGAAAAGACAAAGGAUAAAGAUGCUGUAAUGCAAGUAAUGGCUGAACAAAUUGUUACCUUAUGUGCCACGCUAGAUGAGAAUCCAGGAGUACGAUAUAAAAGUGGACCAUCUGAUAGAGCCAGCAAACUUGCACAGCUUGUUGAAAAAAAUCUUGAAAACUACUACAAAACUGAUGAGAAAAGCCAAAUAAAGGCUAAAACCCACUCCCAACUAAUAAUAAUCGAUCGUGGCUUUGACCCGGUAUCAACUGUACUUCAUGAACUCACCUUCCAGGCAAUGGCAUAUGAUCUGCUACCAAUUGAAAAUGAUACUUACAAAUACAAAACAGAAGGACCUGCUGGGAAGGAACGGGAGGCAAUUCUGGAGGAAGAUGAUGAGCUCUGGGUGAAGAUUCGGCACAAGCAUAUUGCGGAUGUGAUAGAGGAAAUACCAAAACUUUUGAAAGAAGUUUCAUCGAAAAGAAAAGCAACAGAAGGAAAAUUAUCGAUAUCUGCUCUGGCCCAGUUAAUGAAAAAGAUGCCGCACUAUCGUAAAGAGAUUAGCAGGCAAGUUGUUCAUCUUAACUUAGCAGAAGAUUGCAUGAGCAAGUUCAAAUCUAACGUAGAAAGGCUCUGUAAAACUGAACAGGACUUGGCUCUUGGAACUGAUGCAGAAGGUCAAAAAGUGAAAGACUUGAUGAGAGUCCUCCUUCCAGUUCUGCUCAACAAAAGCCAUGAGAGCUAUGACAAAAUUAGAGCUAUUCUCCUGUAUAUCUUUAGCACAAAUGGAACUACCCAGGAGAACUUGGACAAGCUGAUCCAGAAUGUACAAAUAGAAAGUGAUAGUGAUAUGAUAAGAAAUUGGAAGUACCUUGACGUUCCUGUUAUCUCUUCAUCUGCUACUCAGCAGCAUAAACACCCAAGAAGGGACCGUUCUUCAGAAGAAACUUUUCAACUUUCUAGGUGGACGCCUAUUAUCAAAGAUGUUAUGGAGGAUGCUAUAGAAAACAAACUAGAUUCAAAAGACUGGCCUUAUUGUUCCCAGUGUCCUCCUACCUGGAACGGUUCAGGAGCAGUAAGUGCGCGCCAGAAACCUAAAGCUAGUUAUCAAGAUGAGCGAAAAAGUAGUGCAAGACUGAUUAUAUUUGUGAUUGGAGGAAUUACAUAUUCUGAGAUGCGCAGUGCUUAUGAAGUUUGUCAAGGCUACAAGUCCUGUGAAGUUGUUAUUGGUUCUACUCAUAUUUUGACACCUAAAAGACUACUGGAUGAAGUCAAGAGCCUUAGUAAACCGAAGGAUAUGGUCUGCAUUAAGGAUGAAUAGAAAUGCUGAUGUUUAUAAUGCAUUAGGAAAAGACAAAUAGUAUGUAUAUAUUAU